GGCCAAGUAUCCGAGUUCAAAUCUUGUAGCAGAAAGUUCAAGUUAAAUACCUCAUUUCUUCGAUAAAAUAUUAUUUUUUAUGUAGAAAUAAAAUCCUGAACAAAUCUUGAUUGCAUUAAUAAUGAAUAAAGAAUCUAUGAAUUCUGAUAGUCCUCCUGAUAGUAUGAAUCCACCUAUUAUUAAAUCAAAUUAUUCAUUAGCCAAAAAUACAAAAAUGAUCAUUCUUCCUCCAAAUAUUUUACAAAAUAUUUGUAUCAGUGAUUCUAUAGUAAAAGGUGAUAGUAUUGUACCUGCCAUAGAAUUCAUAAAAAAAAAAAAUAAUCUAAAUACUGUUGCAACAAAAGAACAUAAGGAUUGCCAAACUGCUGAAUCUAUACAAGAUUCUACGAAUUUACAUACUGUAACAAAAACACGGAUGGCUGUACAAGUUACUAAAAGUAAACCGAUAGAUGAUACGGAUAAUGAAACUUGGAUAAAUGCAACAAAAGUGCCUAGACUUAAUAGAAAUGAAGAAAAACUACUAUCCGAAGUAAGCCACAUGGAACAAGGAAAAGAUAAUUUUCAUGAUCAAAGAAAACAGAAUAAUAGUGGAAAUAUAGAUAAGUCUACAACAGAAUCGAUGACUGGUAACACGGAAGACAGUCAAAGUACCUCGAACAAUGUGUCAAAGUAUCAAGGAGUAGAUAAAAGGUUUAAACAACAUAGUAAUAAAAAAAUUUUAGAUAGAAAUUCAGAAAAUCAGAAGAGAACUGAAAGUAAGUAUGAAAUUGAUACAAAUUUUCUUGAUAGAUCUAAACGCAUUCGCAAACAAACUAAUUUUGAUGAUUAUAUUACAACGUACAAAAAGGAAUCGUUUAAAAAUAAAAAACAAAUCUUCGAUCAAAGAAGAAAGGGCACUCCUAGUAGAGAAAAAAGAGAAGUAAUUAAUCCUAGUACUAUGUCAGCUACCGUUCAAACGAAUGACACUAUUAAUCUGAAGACGUUUAUAAAAGGGGGGUCUGAUAUAAAAAACAAGAUAGACAAAACUGCAAUCGAUUCGCAUAUAGCUGAUACUUCUAACAUGCCAGCUGUGACCAGGAAAUCACUGCCUUUAAAUUCCAGUAAUGUUUCUGGAAAUUUUUUUACCAUUGAAAAUAAUAAAGAUAAUCGUUUACAAAAUUCUGAGGAUGUAAUGAGUGACACGUGUAUUAAGAUAAAAAGUAUAAAAGAUACGGUCGAGAUGAAUGACAAAAGUGGUAAUGAAAUACACGUGGGAUCGACAUGUACCUCUUUACUUAAACAUACUGCUCUGAAACAAAAUGAUUUCGAAAGAAAUUUAAGAAUGGAAGAAUCGAGUAAUAGACACAGAAAUUUAUCGUGUACUGAAUAUGUAGAGUGUGUUAAUUCAAAUACCAUUGAGAAUAGAAAUGAUAUAACUCCGAUAAAUCAAAAUAACACUAGCCAAACUUCUUUAGUAGUAAGAAAAAGGGGCAGACCUAGAAAAGUUUCUCUACCUCGACAACUUUCAAGUACUUGGAAUGAAUUGGAAGGAAAUUUAGAAACAGUACAAAAUAUAAAUAAUGUUUCCAUUGCGGAAACAGUUGUUCAUAGUAAGAGACGUAAUAAAAAAUCGUACAAUGUCAUUAGUAAUGAUGGCUUAAGUGAUGAUAGUAGUACUGAAACUAGUGUUACAAAUUCAUAUGUUGUUAAAAAAAGAGGUACACCACCGGGUACAACUGCAGACGGAGGUGAAGACGGAGGCAAAGACAGAGUUAGAGUUAGAGGUAGAGUUAGAGGUAGAGGUAGAGGCAGAGGCAGAGGCAGAGGCAGAGGCAGAGGCAGAGGCAGAGGCAGAGGUCGAGGCUCGUCAUAUUCUAUAUUGGAUACUGAGUAUGUACCAAAAUUAAAGGGACCAACAACUACAGGAAAGAUUAAACAAGAAAAUUCUACUGAAAUAACUAAUACUUCUCGCAUAUUAGAAGUAGACCCAGUAACUUGUGCCAAGUGUGAAAUGCAAAUACCAAUAAGGCAAUGGAACUCGCACAAGUUGUUAAAACAUAAUAAUAUGUGUUGGAUGAAGGGUGACGAACCUAUGGAUUUUGAAAAUGAUAUUAAAUUAUUGAAAAAAGUAUUAAUAGCUGCUCAUAAAGAAAGGAAGGGUCAAUUGACCUGUGAAAAAUGUGGUGCUAUAAAGCGGAGUACAAAUGGCUUUAUAUCCCAUAUGCAAUUUUGUGGCAAAUCUGAUGAAGAGAGACAGGCUUUGUUGGUAAAGUGUCCAAUUUGUGAUGCUACUAUGAUGCCAUCUUCUUUGGAGAUACAUGAACGAUCUCAUAGGCAGUCGGCGCGAAGCAAAAUAAAACAAUUGGAAUUAUACACCUUGGAUAAUGAAAAAGUAAAACGCAAAGCUGCGGAAAAAGCAGUGGCUAAAAUUUUGGAAUUUACGGAACUUACUAAAGAUAAUAAUUCAUCUUCCGAGAAGAAACUGAAACUUGACGCCUCUAUGUUGAAACACAUAAUAAAAAUGCCUGAACAAAGAAAGUCCAUACCAGGAGUGUGGAAAGGUAUAUGGAGAAAAGAAUUGUCUACAAAGGGAACAGUAACUUGUCGUCAAGUAGGUUGUACUUUUACAUGUUCUUUGUUCGAAGAGAUGUGCAAUCAUUUCUCUCAAUGCAAUUUUACUCCUCGAGAGCAUUAUAUAUGUAAAAUAUGCAAAUUUUCAACUAUCUCUGAUGAAAAUAUGACCGAACAUGUAAUGAAAAAACAUAUAACAUUGGAAGAAACUGACAAAUAUUCGGAUUUCGAAGAAGAAAUCGAAAAUGGUAGUUCGGACGAAAAAUCUUCUUAUAUAACGAAAUUUUUGAAUAAGGAGCUAAUGUAUAAAAUUGGGUGGACCGAACCCUAUUUUCCUACUGUACGUUGGACUAUGGAAUUCGAACAAAAAAAUUAUAAUCUUUAUUUAUUUGAAGAUCAUAUUCCCAAUCACUUUACGUUAUUAAGAGACACGGAUAUUGUUAAAUAUUUGCCACGAUUACAAGUCUCUAUGAGAAUGAAAACACAAUUGACGAAGCCCGAGGUAUUGUCUAAUACAGAAAUUCCAUGGAAACAAUGGAAAAGGUUCGAAGGUGGUUUCGAUGAAGGUACUGCAACAUUUUUUGUUGGUGGACCGGUGUGGGCUCUAGCUUGGUUACCUAUUCCAUCACCGAUGUACUCUAAAGAACCUCAUCAGUACGUUGCAAUCAGUACUCACCCAACCAUGGAGAGCGAAUACACUGUAGGAAAAGCAUAUCUUGGUGCAAAUAUGAUACAGAUUUGGAAUGUAGGACAUUUAGAUCAUGAGAAUGAUAAUAAAAAAGAACCUGCUUUAUCGUAUGCAGUUGUGCACAACAAUGGUACGGUAUGGUGUUUGGAAUGGUGUCCGUCUGGUUGUUAUCAAGAUGAAAAUCUGAAUAACUGUCAACAAGAAAACAAAAGUCAUUCUAGUCUUAAGCGAAUGGGUAUGCUUGCAGCAGCGUGCUCGGAUGGCAAUGUAUACAUUUAUUCUCUACCCUUUCCAGAGGAACUUGAGUUUAAAAAUACUGAAAAAAACGAAUGGCCCAUAUAUCACACUGAUCCAGUAAUGACACUAAUUGUAAAUAUUUCGAUAUACGAUAACAAUAAACAGAAUUGGCAGUGCACCAAGUUAUCAUGGAGCAAAGAACAUGGGCAUAAUACAAUUGCAGCAGGAUUUUCAAACGGGUACAUUGCAUUAUGGGACCUUACGUAUAAAUCACCGUUAUCGAUGCAAAAAAGACAAAGUACAUGGUUUAUAAAUGCAUUUCAACAUUUUUAUGCUCAUGGUAACGCUGUAAGCACGGUAAUAUUAGUACCAUUUAAUGGAGCAAAGUAUCUAGCUUCAGGCAGCCUAGAUAGAGCAUUCAAAUUUUGGAAUCUAGAAGAUACAAGCACCCCGCAAAAUUGUAUUCAAAAGGGUAUUAUAUUGGAUGGUGCAUGGAUGACACAUUGGCCUUGUGCUGUUAUUUGUUUCGACGAUGCUCUUGGAUACAAGCAUACCAAUACUUAUUUAAUUCCAUUGAGAGGUCAAGAAUGCAGAUAUUAUCCGAUUUUAGCAACAAAUUCCCCUACAUACGCUUUAUCAGUUUCCGAUUACGCAAAUAGCAUUGCACAUGGCACAUUAGCUGGUGAAAUAAUAACGAUUUUUCCUCAUCAGCUUUUAAGUAGUAGGGAAAUUGAGAAAGCUGUACAGAAAAGAAGAAAGUUAAGUUCAUACGUCAAAAUAGUGGACUUGGAAACGAAAAAUGGUAAUAAGAAUGAUAAUACAAAUGAAAAGAAAUCAAAGGGUUAUGACUAUAUGCCAGAAACUUAUGACGAAUGCAAGAAUCGUUUCGGAGUUAUCUUUUGUGAUAAUCUGAAGAGUAUCGAACGUUAUGUACAAUCACAAUCACUACACACGGAAAAACUAACAGCAGUUCCAAUCGAGGAAUAUCCAUUUAUGUCAGUAAAUAGAAUAUCUUGGAAUCCAAAUGCAUGGAGUUACUUGUGGCUAGUGGUUGGUUAUCAAAAUGGUUUGGUAAGAUUGUUAAGCUUCAAAUAUAUGUCUAUGCAGCGUGAAUUAAAAACGUGGUUACCUCAACACGUUGAAUUUAUGCUUAAGAAAACAAAGGUCACAACAUAA